ACUGCCGGAUCCACAUCCGCUCACGGUAGUUCAAAAUCCAACUCCAUUCCAACCGACUACUCAUUCGUCAUCUCUUCUCCAUCUCAUCUCAUCAUCAUCAUCAUAUCACACCACAAUCGCUGCUCACAUACUUUCACCAAACAGAGAAGCACCCCAUCAAACACACAUCCUUCGAAACAUAUCAUCAAAAACGAGUCUGACAAAGCAACACAUACACAUAUUUAUUAAAACAUAUCAUAAAAUCAAAACCCGCACUCGAGUUAAUCGUACCUUGGAGAAAUUGUAAACUUUGCUGAAGAAAGUGAUUGUACUGAAGUUGAUCCAAGUUUUAAUCCCUUCUCGUCAUAAGCUGCUAGCUCAGAUUUUGUUGUAACUUUUGAUAAUUCGAGUAUCGAGUUUCAUAACUUUUUCUCCUUGUCAGCGUACGCCAGAUAUGAUCAGCAAGAUGGUUUACUGUGGCAUUGUGUUGUCCAUGUUUUUCGUUGCUUUGAGCUCCUCCGCAGUUUACUCUAUCGAUCUUCAGAGGCUUUACGACAUGCAGAAAACCAAACGUGAAGAAGGCGACAACUGUCAUCCGUACCAACCUUUCAAAUGUCCACACCCCGAAGGACACGGCAAAUGCAUUUCCAUCCAGUAUUUGUGCGACGGAGCUCCAGACUGUCCAGAUGGAUAUGAUGAAGACACUCGUCUCUGCACUGCAGCAAAACGACCUCCCGUCGAAGAAACAGCCAGCUUUCUCCAGUCCCUGUUGGCCAGCCACGGUCCCAACUACCUUGAGAAAUUAUUUGGACAGAAAGCGCGUGAUGCACUUUCCCCCUUGGGUGGCGUGGACAAGGUCGCAAUUGCUUUAUCAGAAUCGAUGACAAUUGAGGAUUUCGGAGCUGCAAUGCAUCUCUUGAGGACUGAUCUGGAUCACCUGAAAUCCGUAUUUGUUGCAGUGGAGAAUGGAGACCUGGGACGCCUGAAAUCACUUGGAAUCAAGGACUCGGAAAUCGGGGAUGUGCGUUUCUUCCUGGAGCGACUCAUCAGCACGGGAUUCAUCGAUUAAACUUGCAUCACCAAUUACUUGAAAAACAAGACAACCACUUUACUUUCUCUUUGAGUUGGUCCCCUCCAUCUCUCUCUCUCUCUCAUCCGCCCUCGUUCAUCCUCGUCGCUCAUUCGCCUUGUCUCAAAAAGGUCAAUCCAUCCCCGUUGUGCGCUUUCUUUCCCUCAUUUACCUCCGAAUCAGGACUCUGGCAAAGUCUUUAAGCCCUUCAUCCGAUUACCUGCCCCUCAACUUACUGCAACAAGCGGGAUUUCUCCGCACUCUGUCCCCUGGGAGCUGGUCUGCAUAGCAGAGUGGAGUUCAUGGUAGAGUGGAGGACGCUAAUGAUGGAUGAGUAAACCUUAAUCAGCAAGAUCUAGUUUUGAUUCCGGUAGUAGUUUAAAGUUUAAAGUUUAAAAGGGACCUGUUUCUGUUCCAAUCGAUCCCUCUAAAUAAAUUAAGUCUGCAAAUCAACUCUGCCAUUCAUUCGGCUCCAGUAAGUCCGUAAGUGUGGAGGAUCUAUAAUGAGCUCCAUCCAUCCAAAUUGUAUCCAUAUUCUGUUAGGACAUUGUGCAUUUUAUUAUUGCCUUUUCCCAACUUUAAUGUACCUCAUUUUUCUAAAAGGGAGAGAGAAAAUUGAGUUUAAUUAGUUAGUCGUCUAAAAUUCUUUAUUACGAUUCUAAUUUCGGAUCUAUAGUCCCAUAAGAAAAACAAAAGGCUUAUUUUCGAAAUUUCUCCGUCAAAAAACAUAAUUUAUCUACAUAAUACACUAAAAUUUUCGUUUCGACGAAAGAUCCAACUUGCAGAUGAAUACUCAACGCACUAUCACAUUUGAAAUCCUGAUCAUAAAAAUUUCGAAAAUGCCAGCUAGGCGUGGAUAACUUUAGAAAAUCAAUGAGGAGGACAUUAGACUAUCCGAAUGCAUUUAUUAUAAUCUAUGUCGGGGAGAAAAUGAGAGAUCCAUUAUUUGAGCGUGGAACAGCCUUCAUGGAUUCAAAAAUGGGAUCUGAGCAGAAUCUGGAUCCAAAACUGAAUAAUAUCACCAUUACUAUUUAUGAGUACGCGAGUAAUAUCACAGGCAAUUGGAGCACCCAUAACGGCGGAAUGAGGUAUACAGUCAAAAUGGUGAUAUUUAUACUUCAUGGCUGGAUGAAAUUGUGUAAUGACAGGAAAUUAAAACAUCCAAAGCACCUACUUCUCGCAAUCUACAUACGUAGCAGUAGUAAUAGCACCAUCAGCCAUCACUCAUAAUUUCCAUCUCUGAAAUUAUAUCAUAAAAUUAUGCCGAGUUGGAUUGUGGAAAUCAGUCAUAAUUGGUGCUAAAAUUUGCAAUUCCAGCAGAAUAUCAUUAUUGUAAUAGAGUAGAGAGUAGUAUUUAGUGAAAUGAAUGCGUGUGAUCUGCCCAAUGUAACAUUGUGCCACCUGCUACUUGUGAAAUUAGUUUGUCCGAUGAAGAAACUUCGUGUAGAUGUGUAAACCCCUCCUCCUCCUCCUCCUCCUCCCAUGAUAUUCCGUUGCCAUGUCGACCACCCACCACCACCACCGGAAGGUUUCAAAAAGUAAUAACAUUCUCCCACGCUUUCACCAAUUUCAUCAUCCCAUGAAUAUUCUUAAUCUUAAUUACUCGCGGCCUACACCAGCCACGAAUUCAAUUAGAACCCGGCGACCCGUCGCAGACCAAAGUUUAAACCAGGCUGACGGACAGAGAUGGAUUUACUCCUCACUUUUGACGACAAAACUUUGGCCGUAGAGAUUUCGUGUGUGCACUAUCGCGUGAGCAUUCCGUCAGUAAUCGUCAAUGUAGAUGUAGUCCGGGCGACCUUUGACUCCAUCCGACAUGCAAAGCAUAGCAUAUCCGGCAUAUAGUGUAGCAUGGCUGGUGUUACUGUUAUUGCCAUCGUUGAAAGAGAAAGCAAUUAAUCCAUCCAACUUGCAGCCCAAUGGUCUCAAAUGGCACGAUGUUACGUAAAGGAAAGCAUACCUAGCACGGUUUCGGAGUGGCCAGCGAAAGUAAAACAAAUGCAAACAAUACAUCAAAAGGAGGAAACUGUGUAGGCUGAGGUGAAAGUUGAAUAGGUCACGAUUAGCAUAAUUUUGCAAUUUAUGCUCUGCUUGCAAACAAAGCAUACUUAUAAUAAUAAUAACGAUACGGUGGGCAGUCGGCGGAAUAUGAUCCUUGCAUUGAAGCAGUCACGAGUGGGGUUCUCUCCUGUAUUUGGGCGAAUGGCGUCAUCUACACACGACGAAGGGUGAAAAUGAGUCAUCAUCAAUUAUGAAGGACUAAUCUCCAGCAUAAUUCAUAGCUUCCUAUGUAAUUUUAUUUUCGCUCUCAACUAGCUGUGAGAAUAUUCGUGAUUACGGAUGUUGAAACAGACGCCAUCAGGAUCGCGUGGCCAUGCGUGGGUGGGGUCACUAAUUGGAAGACUAGUUUCCUUACUAGUAAUUUUUUCUUGUGGAUAAUUAAUGUAUUAAAAAGACGUGGCUGCUGCAUUUUCUUGUGGGCAUGCCAUUGGUUUACCCACUUUUCAUGUAAUUAGCAGCCGAUUCAAGUGCAAUGCUACUUCGGGUCGGAGAAGAUAGAUCUCCAUUGUUAGGAAGAACGAAGUCUUGAGCGAGUUAGUUACCUGCCUCGCUCUGUCUUUCUCUUGGUUGGACAAAGGAGUAGGCAAAUGGACAGAAUGGAAAAUGGAUGUGAGGAGGCAGUGGGUUUUCUAAGGAAUACUCUGGAGAGAUUCGCAUCCAGGUCGACCCAACCCUAAGCAACAAACCACGUCGAACUAGAACAUACUUGAUCUCAAGUUUUUCGAAGAGUGGAAUUGUGAAGCAGUUCACUUAUAUUCCAAAGAAACUGCCCCCAGCCAAACUUUAUUUUGGGUCGGUUGAACUCUGUAUAAUUCAUGGUUUUGAAGGUCGUUACACCACCCAGAAAUCAGUAGCCGUGCAGACGAACGGGCGGUAGUCGAGCAGAAAUGAAAAUUAGGUAGGUGAGUGAAUGGAUGGAUGAUGAGCCUACAUAUUUUAUGCUCCAUCUGCAUACCUGCCAGUCAGCUACGCAGCAGUUCCAUUAGGCGUACUUAUGUGGACCAUACCUGAAAAAGGGUCGGAAGGAAGGAAGUGGUUUUCAUUGGAGAAGGCAGUUUGCUGCUGUUUGUUCUUCUUUUCAUGCGUCACGUCAAUCCAAAGCCAAGGAGGACAAGGACAGAGCAGGACAACAGAGCAAUUCACUGCCACCUUUCCCCAUUGUCUCCUCUCCUCCGUCCGAGGUGAAAAUUGGGCUUCGCUCGUUGGGAAUGUUUUAGAAUAUUAGUUUUCUCCUUUCUCCCUCCCUCCAUUAUUUGCAUAAUGUGGAGAAUCAUGGCACAAAUUGUGACACUAGCGAUAAAAGGAGAGAGUAAUUGUUGAACCAAUUACGUCAACCGGAUUGAUGCCACCCAUGCAAUACGCUUCCAUCAUCAUUAUCACUUUGCAUUCAUCCAUCACUCUGCGGAAUUAAUCAGUGGGAUGAUACACAUCAGGGACAAUUUUGUAAAUUGCUUCAAUAUGUCUGUGUCCGAGGCGGAGAUGCAUCACCAAUUCCAUCAGAUGAUCGGAUUGGUUGCGAAAUUAUCCAUCCAGAGUGAACCUUUGCAUAGUACGUGUGCCUACGCUGCUGCUGAACUAUUAAUCAUUGUGCAGAUUGGCUUGAUCCAACACAUCAGCGACUCUGAAUAAAUUCUGAUUCGGAGUGAUUUGAAUAAAAACUUUAUAGCCUUUUGACAACCUGUGGGAGAAGUAAAAAAAAUUGGUGGUGGCUGGCGCGUGGGUGUUGCACUGCUGCUUUCUCUCUGAGGUGGCAGAUCGGGACCGAUUUGCACAAAUUGUAAAACAAGAGCGACUGAUCAUCAAAGGGGAGAGAAAAGUAAAUCGCAGUUGGUUCGGAAUUUGUAAUAAAGGAGGACUUGCAACACGUAGAAGUCGGCGAGCAGAGUUCCCUCGGGUGUGAUACUGAGAGAAAGCAGCAGCAGCUCUCCGUUGGUGGUGGUGGAAAACGUGGUGGAAUGAUGAAUGGCAAUGGAAUAGAAUGGCAGCAGCAGCAGAAUUAUCUUAUCGAUCUCUCCCUCCAGCAGACAACUUGCUUUCCCUCCUCAUCAUCAAACACAUACCUAACCAGUAAAUUUAUUGUCAUUCCUUUCUGGAAAUCCGGACGCCAACUUUCCCACUUUGUUUUCCCCAAUAAUUUAUCUGAAUUUGGAAAUCUCUCCCAUUCCGACUGCAUUACUACCGAUUGAGCGUAUGUGUGAUCACGUCGUGUGCUAAAUAUAGAUAAAUUAUUGUCCUAGAGUUAUCCUAGAAAUUCUAUAGCAGAUUUAAAGGUAAAGUCAAAUGUGAAUGUGACCGUGCAGUAGAGCUGCGAUGCUAGUGCAACAAUUAUGCAUUUAUUGGUAAACUACAUGUCGUAUUAUGUACAGAUAAGUAACCAUACUUCAUAGCGCUAAGAUAUUGAAAUGUAUAGAAAGAUGCAGGCCCUCUCUUUCAUGCACUUGACUUUGACUGACAAUUACUUAGUUCAUUGGUCACGUAGCUAUAAAAUAAGGAAAUGUGUAAAUAGUACAGUAAGGAUUUUAGAAUGGAUAUACUUACUAAUCAUGCAUCAAUGUAACAUUACAUAUCUUAUGGAAUCAUAUCCAAAUAUCACUCUAAACUUACCAUAUCACACACACACACACACAUCUUAACAGACAUAUCUAAGCAGAAUAAAGUGUAAGGACAGCGUAGUGCGUAAAUCAAAAUAUUUAGUUUACCAUCUUUUCGUGUGUCCGUACUUUUUGCAAAAACAAUAGUGCAUUAAAAACAACAGCCCUGAAAUUUAGGAUUUAUGUCCGUUAUAAAUAUCCAAGUAAAUUUAAGAAUACAACUCUGACCUAAACUCUAGUUUUAGUACGAAGAAUGCAAAAAAUUGCGUUUGGAAAUAGUUUACAAAUAAAAAAAAUAUGUAAAAGCGAAGGAGGAGACGAUGUGAACCUUGACUUUCUUCUACUUUGAGUUGACGUUGAAUACAGAAUAUUGACGAAGCAUGCAAGGCAACGAAUUUAUUUUCAUUUGGCGUGGGCAGAGAUCAAAGAAGGAAGGAAACAUGCAAAUGUGCGAUAAUAACGAAUCGGAUUGGAAGAAUUGAAUUGUGUGAGAUAGAAAAAUCUUGCGGAUUUCGUUGAUUUCCAUUAGAUUGAAGUUUACAGAAUAAUGAUUAAUGCGGGCUACUUGGCUGAUUUGUUUUUGGCUGGAAAAUACGACGACGAAUUGAUGUACAUACGAGCGAGUGGGUCUAAAUAGGACGGGUUUCAUUCCUUGCUGAGUGCGGAGACAACGACCUGAAUACGCCCUACUUCUACUGCUUCCAUCAAAAAAAUUCAAUCAACAUCUUUGACAUCCGUAUUCACCGGGGAUUGAAACCCGUCCAGCAUUUUGAACGAGCACGAGCAAGUAAGUCGCAGAGUGGCAGCGUAUCGAUAAACAAGACAGAGACAAGAGAGAACGUAAGUAGGGUUGCUUCCUGGAAAGUGAAAGCUAUUAUUAUACCCAAGCCAGAAGCAGCAGCAUAUUAUCCACGACGAGGCUUACACGAUGAAAAAAAAACUAAAAAUGAUGAGCAAGUGCUCCAGGCAAAAUACAAUGACGACGACGACGACGACGAAAAACCCACUUUCCUAUUUUGUCGACACUUAAAAAAUUGUGUUGUCUUUGUAUUUAGUAAUGAGAACGAGUUUACAACGGAUUUGCAUAUCAAUGGGGAAUUAUAGUGUGAAUAAUAAUGACAAAAAUGGUGAAUUAUGUAUAUUACGACGACGUGCGACAUGACAUUUUGAAACGGGGGCAUCAACUUCCCAAUUUUUGGGGCUGCAUUUUUAAGAUUUAUUGGAUAAGAUAUAAGUUGAAGACAAAUGUAUUAUUGUACUUUAUCGACGACGAUGACGACGACGGAAAAGGAGGUUGUGGAAAGAUAUUUACGUACAGACUUGUUCUAAAUACAUACAUAUUUAUGAUAAUUGUUAUUACAUGUACUUAUUUUUUCCUGUAUCUGUAAUUGGCAAGUUAUUAAAUAAGAAUGUGUUGCAUACAGAAAAUUAUUUGUUAAAAACUAUUUUAGGAUUUGGGACUUAUUUUAAUAAAACGAAUACAUUCUUUUA